UUUUUUUUUUCAAGGAAAAAAUUACCCUCUCCCUUCUACAUGGAACCCUUGAUGUCUCCUGGUACCAUUGAAAUCGAUCGUAAACAGAAAAUAAACGGAAACUUGUACUAUGCUCUCAUGAAAGGAGACAAGAAGAGAGUUGCAGAACUCUGCCAAAAAAUUCGGGAUCAUGCAUUGCACGUAAUAACAGUAAACGACGAUACAGUACUUCACAUGGCUACAUAUGCCAAAGAAGCAUCCCUGGUAGAAAAUUUACUAGAUGAGUUGCCUAGCCAUCAUCUCGACAAGUUGACUCGCCAAAAUGGUGUAGGAAACACAAUCCUCCAUGAGACUGCCACAAGCAACCAUACUGUUGCUAUUGCAGAUAAACUUCUGAAGAGAGCCCCUGGAUUGUUAGGCAUGCGCAACCACAAUGGGGAGACGGCUCUCUUUCGUGCGGCCCGGUAUGGAAAAACUGAUAUGUUCGACUUUCUAGCUGCUAAAGUCUCUGGAUAUGAUGAAUCUGGUUUGCAAUUCUAUGUACAGAGAAGUGAUAAAACCACUAUCCUUCACAUGGCCAUUCUUUCUCUGCAUUUUGAUUUGGCAUACCGAAUUGCGUUGGACUACACGCAUUUAAUUGGCCAAAAAGAUGCCGAUGGUAUGACUGGUCUUCAGCUUUUAUCAUGCAACCCAUCAGCUUUUAAACUAGAGCCUGAAGAAGGAUUCAUUAAUUUAGCAAAAUCAUAUGGAAGUUCAGUAUGGAGGGAAAAGGUUCAAAAGCAAAAACAACUGCAUAGAUCAGCUGUGGAGCUUGCCAAGUUUUUAGUCAGAAAAGAUACCUCCUGGGAGCUUACGUAUUCUAGCAUCGACCAGAGCAAGCCUAAAAUCCAUAAGUACGGAGAAAAGGGCGGCCAAGAACGGCAAGAAGUACAUUUGUUUAAUAAAAUUCUAGACAAAGAGGAGAGUCUUGGAGAAACUCCUUUGAUUUUGGCUACAAAGUCAGGCUGUGUGGAGAUUGUUGAAGAAAUACUCAAGCUAUAUCCCCAGGCAGUCGAACACAUUGAUGACGAAGGGCGCAAUGUAUUGCAUGUAGCAAUCAAAUACCGCCAAAAGAAGAUUUUCGAGCUUGUGAAAGGAAUGGACGUGCCUAUGAAGAGGCUGACAAGGAAGAUUGAUGGUGAUGGGAAUUCCAUUCUACACACCGUCGGAAGGAAACGAAAGGAUUUUAUAUCUGAUGAGAAGAUGGAAGGCCCUGCAUUCCUCUUACAGGAAGAAUUACUCUGGUUUGAGCGCGUCAAAGAAGUCACUCCAUCCCAUUUCCUGAAUCACCAGAACAAUAUGAAGCUCACGGCAGAAGGGUAUUUCAUUACUGCAAAUUCUGAACUCCGCAAUUUAGCCAAAGAAUGGCUAAAGACAACAGCAGAAGGAUGUUCUGUGGUAGCAGUUCUCAUUGCCACCGUUGCCUUUGCUGCAGCCUACACGGUUCCAGGAGGUCCGAAUCAGAGCACUGGUGUUCCUGUUCUCGUCAACAAACCAUUCUUUGUGGUUUUCACCGUGACUGAUGUACUCUCCCUUACGUUCGCUUUGACAUCAGUUGUUACUUUCCUCUCUAUCCUAACAUCCCCGUUUCGAUUUAAAGAUUUCAAGCAUACACUUCCUAAUAAGUUGAUGGUAGGCUUCACAUUUCUGUUUCUCUCUGUGGCAAUGAUGAUGGUAGCGUUUGGAGCAACAAUCAUUCUGAUGAUUUACAGCAAGGAAAGCUGGACAAAAAUUACUCUAUAUGCAGUCUCCUUUAUCCCAGUUGGCAUCUUUGCACUAUCUUAUUUCCCUCUUUACCCAUCACUAUCAAAAACUUACAACUUGCUCCUGAAAAUUCCCUUCAUUAAACAUAUUCCAGCUAUACCUUGGAACUCUUUCAAAUGUUGUCGAGUCGAAACCACUGAUACCCACUUUCCAUAACAUAUCCGACAUGUAAUUAUCCUACACUAAAUCCUUUCCAUUUUCUGAAAUCUGAUGCCUGCCUAUGUACGUAAAGGUUGGCACAAGUAUUGGUCCUAUCUGUAAGCAACUACCGCCAUGGAUAAUUAUAAGUAUGAUGUCUAUGAGAAUGAUGUGAUGAGUUAUUGGUUUGUACAUUGUAAGGAUUCCAAAUAAUAUAAUGUUCUGAUA